GCCGGCACUUCGCGUACCAUCGUCGCGGCGCGCGGUACGUUCCACCAACGUGCUCCACCGUCGUUUCACCUACCCGCGUUCUCCGAAUACCUACCUGGAGCCAUACGCGCGAGGGAAAUCGGCGCGAAAGAAUCCCUCGCGGUUCGGAAGGAUCCGCCGCGAUGAUGCCGCGCGCGCACCAUCUCCGGGAUCCAAGGGUCUGCUCGAUGAUCGCGCGCGAAUCCUGAUCGAAUCGAGUUCUCGCGGUGCGAGAGUGCGCGGAGUGAAAGUGCCGAGAGGGUAAAAAAAAAAAGAAAGGAAGAAGGAAAGAAACGAGUCGACGCGACAGAGAGGAAUAUAAGAGGUUGAAAAGUGACGGGGAUACCUGUGAACCGGGUCGGCAUGGAGUCGCGCCGUAGUCGGCACGUCGGAACCGCGGCAGGAUCCCGCCGAUCUCGCGGAACGGCGUGCGACGACGACGCGGUGCCCCGGUGAUGAGGGAGACCCGAGGCUAGAGUGUGUUAUGCGCGAGUGUGGCUCACCGGUUGCGGGAGCAAGCAGCAGGUCGUCGUCGUGAUGCCGUUUGUGAUGCGAAAAGUGGAGCCGCGGCACCUGUGCCGCGGCCACGUGCCGGGGGAUUCGCAGCCGGGUUGGCCGGUGGGCGCCGAGCUCGAGGCGGUGGCGAACGGUGCCCUCACCAGCUCCCUCAAGCAGCUGGCCUCUCUGCUGACCAUCGCGGAGGACAUCUUCGCGGGCCUCACCGCCGAGCUGGGCCAGGUAGCCGAGAGGAGCGGUCACCUGCGUCACAAGAUCGACAAGAUCGAGGAGCGACUCGGCAGCGUCGAUCCCAAGAAAGUACCAGUCCCGGAAUCUGAUAUCUGCACUUUCGCGGCGAGGACGGAACAUUUUCACGUCACGAAUAAACCAUCGAUGGGACUGUUCACGUCGGACACGAGACCGAAAGCCCUGAGGGAGCUGUACGAGCUCGCUGCUAUAGUCGCCGUCCGAAGUUUGGAUUCCUUGAGGAGGGAUGGCAGCUCGAUGGAUAUGUUCCUCUGCACACCCGUCCUUGGUAAGAGGCGGCGAGAUCAGAGCCUCGACAUCGAAGCCAGAGUCCCGGCUGCUAUCGAGGAUCUGCGAAGAUGGACAUCCGCCGAAGCGCUCGGCGACGUUACCGUACCGCCAGAUUGCUCGUCCAGGAUCCUAGGCGACACGACCAGCGACGAUGCCGUCGAUCACAAGCUACCCAGCCCCGAGGAACAGGUUCAGGCUAUCGCGCUCAAAUUCCCGGCGGAAAUCGUAGCGGUGGAUGUGAGCGGACGUGGUUUCGCAAGAAUGUCGAUGAGGAGGAAGUCCUUGCUGUCAGGACCAGAGACACAAGAAACGGCGGUGAAAAGGAGAUCGCGGCCACGCAGACCAAGAGGCAAGAGACGAAACACGAUUGCUGGUACCGAUCAGAAAGAGAUUCGACAAGCUAUUGGAGGGGAGACGACUGGCGACGAGCCCGAGGAGACGGUGCCAAGCGCCACGCCGAGAGCCCAUCGCUCAGCGAGCACCGACAUCCUGGGUUCCACGAAGAAAGAUUCGCCUACGGAAAAGAAGUCGCACUUUAACACGCUGAAAGCUUGGGGUAUGUCCAGAUUGAAACUGAUCAGUCCCAAGUCGAAUCAGCAACAGCAAGAGACGACGACGAUCAACGCGGAGAGAUGCGAGCAAGCUCAAGGUCAAACAAGAUCGCCGGAGGAGAUCAACAUCUACGAGACGGUAACCACGAGACGCAGGAGAGAUAAAUCGCACGAGAGGAAGCCCAGUUCGUCCAGCUCGAGUGGCAAGAGCACGGCGAGCAUACCGGUGUCGGUACCGAGCACAGACAACAAACAGCCGAGCGUGAAAUUACGCGAGAGCGCCGCUCAGAGAAGAGAGAGACGGAAGGGCAGCAACCGCGACGACGCGCCGCACUCGAGCUCCGGAAACUGGAGCGCCUCGUCCGAGAGCGGAAGGGCCAGUAUAGGUAGCGAGACUACAACCACUACGCAUCAGCCCAGAUCCACGACGACAGCUUCGAUUGGCACGUCCUCCACUUCCUUAAGUCACAUGAGGCGACUCAAGGGAAGAGACACCUCGGCCUCAUCCUCGGUAACUUCCGAAGGUACCUUAACCCCGGAUAUCAUACAGGAUAUCACGGUGGUGCCCUUCUCCGACGACGGCGAGACGUCGUCGGUAUAUUCCUGCGACACGGAGGGAUAUUAUACUUCGUUCCACAUGGAUUCAGGUCUUAAAACGCUUAGGGAAGAGGAACCGGUGCCGCAGAGUCCUUUAAUCAAGUCUAAUGACAUCAGUUCAGACCCUACUUCGCCAGUUGUUGAGAACGAAUACGAACUUUUUGGCAGAGGAUCAACUUCUACAACGACUAGUUCAGCCGGGACGGUUUGCACCGCACUUAUGGCGCCACCACCUCCGGAGCGUAAAUCCAGCCUCACAGUUGUUGCUAUGGUUCACGGUCAAAAUCAAAACGGCGGCGAAUCGCCCGAUAGCGGUCACAAUACGUCUUCGUCUCCCGUCGAAUCCGCCUCGAGUCCUGCUUGCACCGGUCGAUCAUGCUCCGAGUUCGAAUACUCAGAAUCCAGCGAUUUGGAGGGUUGCGAGCGAAUCGAAAGGAUCCGCUCGAAGACGGCGAUCACGACCAGUCGAAUUCCCUCAAUGUGCGUAAUCACACCACCAGUGUCCGACGACGAGCAUGCGAGAGAGACAGACCAGUGCGAGAAGAAGACGAACGAAUCGACGAGGAGAGGGGGCCUUCAAAGCGGCGGAUCGGUGCUGAUGUCUGCUACCGUUGGCACUUCCAAGAUGGAAGUGAUCAACGGUCAGGACAAGAAUCUGUACGCCACCGUACAGGUAUUGCCAGCAAUCGUCAACAAUGACAGACCGAUGGCGACGACGAGCCAAUCGUCGUCGUCGUCUUCGAAGAUCAGUCCGCUGAGCGGUGUCCUGGGCAAGCUUCGCGGCGUACUUCCGGGCAAGAAGCACGCCACGAAGAACGGUGCCGUGCAGGAGCUGUCAAACGCAGACUCCGGCGACUAUGUGACCAUAGCCGACGUGAGGAACAACAACGACAAGCGCCCCGCGGGUCUGCCCUCGUCUUCGUCAUCGUUAUCGUCAUCGUCGUCAUCAGGCAUGACUACCGUUCGACCUACCGUUACCUAUGCCAAUUCCGAUAUCUUCAAAAAAGACGCUGAGUACGUGAGUCUGAGCGAAUUGCCGAAGAAACCGGAUUCGUCAUUGGAAAGGAAAAGACAGGGCGCCCGAGUUACUUUGGAUUCCGAAGGCAAGGUCGUCUAUUCAUCCGAUAGUUUAAAAAGAAGAAAGGGAGCACAUACGACGUUUAAUCCAGGUCCUUUUGUGAGAGAAGGAGUAUCACCGAGCCCAUCACCGUUGCUUCAUCGCGCGAUGCCGAACGUCCGCGCCAUCACGAAGACCGGCGACGUCGUGGACGGUUCGAACGUUCGGACAUCCACGCCGCCGACGUCGCCUCAGCUGGGUAAGCUGAUCAUUCGAGCAGCGCGGAGUCCGGAUCGCGCGGCCAGUCCGGAUUACGUGCGCACACCGGCAACCGUGGUCGGUCCCACGAACCCGAGCAGUCCCCACAGACAGUUCCGUGGGGCUUACGUCAACGUGCAAGGCGACGAAGAAAAUACUUUGCUGGCGAUACCUUCGGAAUCGGUACCGCCGCAAACUAUCGUUCAACCACCGCCUUACAUUGCUCCGCCGAAACCCGAUGAUCGGCAAAAAUUGCAAAAGAGGUAUCAAGAUAUCUUGAAGGACUCGCAGCUGCCGAAUCUGCGAACGUGUUCCGAAAAUGAGAAACAAACGAUCGCAGAUCAGAAACAAUCCUAUACACAAGAGAUGUACGAACCCCGUCAAAAUGAUCAGCUGCGCGACAAUCGUGGGAACUUUUUCGAUCAGCAGCGAAUGUCAAAGAACUACGAGUACCAACAACAAGUCCGCAACUAUCAGACAGUGCAUAUGCAUAACGCGAGGAACCAACAGUUCUGUGCGCCGGUCAGAGAUAUUGAUCAACAGCAGUUUUACACUCUGCCGACGAGAAGGCCUCAGCGAGAAAUCGAACCACCUCGAAGUGUCACGCCGGAUAUCACCAGAGGUCUGGGACACGGUUCUCUCAGCAGCAUGCACAUGCUGGCGAAACAAGGUCAACAAAGGGUCACGACUGCGGAGAAUGAGCAGAGUCGACGCAGCGUGGACGUGGGCAAUAGAAACUUGGAGCAAGCGGAAACGAGAGACAGAGUCAUGCAGAAUCAAUCGCAAUCAAUUGUGGAUGUCAGAAAUAGGUUCGCAAUGCCUCUAAAUUUAGCUGCAUUUGGCUAUCGAUUCUUCGCAUCUUCGCCCGCUAAUGAUCCUCGUACGAAGUCUUCUAACGCGGACAUUCUACGGAAUAAUCCAAUUUCGCCGAUCGGCCAUGGCUGUUACAAUAACGGCUUCAAGUCGUCCACUCCCACCGACCAUCACGGGCGAUCGGCGCCAACCGUGGCGGAACGUCUAGCUUUAACUGCCACCGCUGGCAAUAAUUGCCCGUCGCCGAUACCGAUGAGUGGUUCCUCGGGUAGAAGCACUCCCGUCCAGACCUCUUCCGGCAGGACGACACCGACCAAUUUGAUCCUAUCGCCUACGAAGAGCACUAUGUCCAACGAAGAGUUAUUCGCCGCGAUUCACAAGUCGAAAAAGCGACUCAACAUUAGGCUCAACGAGAACGAGAACGAUAACGAAAGUCUGUCGCUUUGUGGAUCGAUGAACUCCCUAGUGCAAGCACCAGCUGGUACCAGGCACAGCUGGAGCCCAGAAUCUCAUCAGAAAACUACAGAGGUACCGGUUACUGUACAAUCGCCUACGUCACGGAUGGAUUUCAAACGUUUGCUUCUUCAACAAAGCGUAAAGACGAGUCCCAUGCGAUUAUCGGCGGCGGAGCAAUUGAAAUUGUCGCGUCAACAAUUGUCAUGUCAACAACAACAACAACAACAGCCAUCUCCAAAUACUCAUCAGAGUCCUCUGGCCAAAGUUUUGAGUCCACGCUCGGUUUGGAGGUUUCAAACACCGAGAAGCGAUGUCCUCUCGUCCACUAUAAUCGAGGACACCGCAGCGGAAGAGAAAGCUAUGAAACCAUCACCGGAAAACACAUCUCCUAUCUCAAGACUGAGCCGUAGAAGACAAUUAGAUCUCAGCAGCGACCUAGCGACUCAUCUUCAUAUUGAUCACGAGGACAAGAUCGCAAAUUUCAACGAUAGGCUAACGACAAGUAAAACGUCUAACGAAGUCAAUCUUGAUCCAACAAUCAAACUGCUGAAUCAAAAUAACAAACCUCAAGAACUAAUCACAAAUGAUGAGCCUGCACGAACCGCGUCUCCCGCGAAAACUACAAUAACCGGUCAAGAUCCUUCGUCUCGAAACAAUAUUAAUACGACGAUACAAUACUCGAAAACUUCGCUCGAGCCCAAAAGUCAGGAUCCCAUGAGUGCUCUCGAGUCGCGAAGGAUCAGUAAUCAAUUGGCGAAAGCACAGUUCCUAGCUAGUACACCUAUCAACACCAAUCCGUCGCAGAAUCUCUAUUUUAGCAAGAGAUUCAGAGCGCGAUCAGAAUCUCCGCAACACGCUGUGACGCAAAACGUUGCAACACGUAGCCCGAGUGCUCCUACUCUCGAAACCGCUUUAUGAUCCGAAAAUACGUUAAUAAUGAAGACAGAGAUUUUGCAAAUAUAGCUCUUCAUUAUUAAUACAUAUUAAUAUAUAUAAUCUGUAUAUUGGCUCUUCU